AUGGUGAAUCCACUACACCAAACCCCCCCACCGACACCCCGCAUCGCUUUCCGUCGCCUUCAACUAUCGGACGAGUCCCUGAUGAAUCUACUAAACCAUGACAAGGAUGUGAUGAAGUAUUUGAACCGUUUUCCGCCAGAAGAAGGCGAGGUGCGUGAUGAAGUUGCGAGAAUACUCUCUAGUUACGUUCGCUGGCCUUGUUUUGGCCGCUGGAUUGCGCUGUGCCGUGCCAGCGGCCAGUUCUUGGGCUGGUUUGCCUUGGCUGUUAGUGGGAGCAAUCCACUAACUCUUGAGCUUGGGUACAGGCUACGUUGUCAAUUCUGGGGUACAGGUUUGGCCACGGAAGGGAGCAAAACGCUUCUCCGAUAUGCAUUCGAACAGGAGGACGUUGUUGUGGAGAGGGUCUUUGGACAGACAAUGUUUGUCAAUUAUCAGUCAAGAAGAGUCAUGGAAAAAUGCGGAAUGGGCCUUGAACGGACAUUCCAUUUGCACUUCGAUGACCCUUUGCCCGGCACCGAACUGGGGGAGGUGGAGUAUGGUAUUAGUAGGGAAACUUGGGAACACCAGCACAAAGUCCAUAUUUUAGAUACUUCCAGAUCGUAG